AUGGCCGAUGUCGCCGAGCAGGCUGCUGAGCUGGAGUUGCCAGCAUCCCCUGCCUCACUCGCCUCAUCGAUGAGAUCGUCCUCCUCCGUGAAACGGCAAAAAGCGGAGGCCAAUUUGGAGAUGGCACGACGUUUGAUGGCAAUUGAGGAGGCGGAUGCGCAAGAACGACUGGAUAGGCAGAGGCGUGUGCUUCAAUUGGAGUUGGAGGCGCGCCAUGCCCAAAUCGACAGCACCUCGUCCUCUCGUUCGCGACGAUCGUCUCGUCCUGCAUCCAGUGCGCCGACACAGCAUUUGAGGCCGUUGUUGGCAUCGUCGACUACCCGAUCAGCAGCGUCGUUGAUCAGCUCUGGCCAGGAGAAUAAAGUAGAAGUAAGCUCAUCUCAGCCCCGAUUAGAAACAGUGUGUAAACUUCCGGGAAAGUCCGCCUUGACCGCUACUAGGCAUUGGGUAGAGACCCAGAAACCCGGCACUGCACACGCCACACUUGCGGCAGGGACAACAGCAACAAAGCCAGCUCAGGAGAGUCCUGAGGCUGGAGGCCUGCACCCAGCGCAAGCAGCAAACGGCAUGCAGAAGUUUCUGAUCCGACAGACGGUUGGUCGUGACUUGCCGGCAUUCUCUGGCGACUCGGAGGAGUGGCCCAUAUUCGCCUCGACCUACCAGAGGACGUCAGACGAGUGUGGGUUUUCGCCAUCGGAAAAUGUAAUUCGGCUGCAACGUUGCCUGAAAGGCCCAGCCAAGGCUGCCGUCGGAGCGAUGCUCACCGUGCCGGAGAACCUGCCGACGGUACUCCAAGUCCUCGAAAGCCGGUUUGGUCGACCGGAUGCUGUGAUUGCUGCCAUGAUCGGGAAAGCCAAGGCCAUUGGACAGGUCAAGCCAGGAGACUUUGAUAGUCUUAUCAACCUGUCCACUGCUGUGACGACUCUAGUUACUACCAUGGAACACCUUCGAAGUGAAGGUCACAUGUAUAACCCUCAGCUACGUCAAGAGCUUGUUGGUAGGUUGCCAACAUCCCUGCGACUGCAGUGGGGAGAAGUACUUGUGCGUCAGGGUAGCCAUGACAUCAGCUUGCGAGUGUUUUCUUUGUGGCUGGCGGACAAGGCUGAAGCAGCUGUGCGCGUCGUGGAUCUGCCGGGUACCCGAACCGACAAGACGCAGCGGGUGUACAGUCACCAGGAAGUUUCGGCAGUACACAGCACAGCAGCAGCGACGGCACCAGCAAGUGCAACCAGUAAAACUCAGUCAGCCUGCCUUUGCUGCAAACAAGUGCAGCAUGCCCUCAGUAAGUGUUCAACAUUCACGAAGCUUGGCCAGAAAGCCCGUUUUGAGCUGGUAAAACGUCAUCGUCUUUGCUUUUCUUGCCUGGCCAGUGGACACGCUACCAGGGAGUGUGGCAGCAGGAAGCAGUGCAGUGAGCCUGACUGCAAGUACCACCAUCACGUGCUCCUGCACAAGGGCAAGGCCGCAGAGAAGCCAGUCGACACUUGUGGGCACACUGGUAUUCCUGGUACAACCCGAGUGUUGCUGAGAGUGUUGCCAGUGACGGUUAGUGGCCCAAAGGGCUGUGUGGAGACACUUGCUCUGCUGGACGAAGCCUCAACUGUCACGCUCAUGGACAAGGCCUUAGCGGAUGACAUAGGUGCUGUUGGACAGUCGGAUCCCCUGCAUAUGGCAUGGACGAAUUCGACGACGCACACGGACAACUCGUCAUGCAGAGUCUCUGUAUCGGUCAAUGGCAGCGAUGGCACCCAGCAUCAAAUGGAUGAUGUGAGAACAGCCAAGGACCUCAAGUUGCAUUCGCAGUCAAUAGAUGGCAGAGGGCUGGCGAGUCGAUGGCCUCAUUUAGAUGACUCCAGAGUGGCGUCGUACCCAGCAGUACAACCGAGGAUGCUCAUUGGGCAAGACAAUGGACACCUCACAGUGGCACGUGAAGUCGUCGAAGGCCCGCCAAAUGCACCUAUGCUGACGAGAACCCUUCUUGGUUGGGUAGUGCAUGGUCGCAUUGGAGCCCGGACUCACCAAGAUCAACUCGAACCGGAGGCGAUCUACCACAUCUGGCAGCCUGAGUCGGAUUUGCACCAACUAGUGAAAGAGUCAUUCACCAUUGAGAACUUUGGCGUUGUACCGUCUGCUUCUGCUGGCAAGCCAAAGGCCAUGAUCCGUGCUGAACGUAUCCUGAACGACACCACGGUUCGCGUUGGUGACCGGUAUGAGACAGGCCUCCUCUGGAAGUCAGAUCAGCCCAAGCUUCCGUCCAGCCAAGACAUGGCUUUCAACCGUCUAAUGGGCAUAGAAAGAAAGAUGGCUAAGUCUCCAGAAUUCGCAGCAGAGUAUGCCCAGAAGAUCGAUGAGUACGUUCAGAAAGGCUACGCUCGUAAGCUAACACCAGCAGAGGCUGCCGAGCAAACCGCACAUACUUGGUACUUACCACAUUUCGCUGUGUUCAAUCCGAACAAGCCCGGGAAGCUGCGUUUCGUAUUCGACGCGGCCGCCAAAGCUAGAGGGAUGUCGCUAAAUGACGCACUGCUCCCAGGCCCAGAUUUGCUGAACCAGCUCGUGGGUGUCCUGAUGAAGUUCCGCCAACGUGCUAUUGCCUUUGCGGCUGACAUCAAAGAGAUGUUUCAUCAAGUUCGGAUACGCCUAGAAGACCAGCCAGCUCAGCGCUUCUUGUGGCGACAACCUGGUGAGACUGGCCCGCCUGACACGUACGUCAUGGAAGUCAUGAUCUUUGGCGCAGUGUCAUCGCCAUGCUCCGCACAGUUCACGAUGCGGCGCAAUGCUGAGGAGCACCGCGAGGAAUUCGCUGCUGUAGCCGCAGCAUGCGAGGAGAACUACUACAUGGAUGACUACCUGGACAGCGUCGACACUACCGACCAGGCGGUACAGCGUGUAGCCGAUACAAUUGAGAUCCAGCAGCGAGGCGGGUUUACGUUUCGCAACUGGAUUAGCAACUGUAACGAAGUGAUGAUGAGUGUGCCAGCUGAUAUGAGAGCAGCUGGAGUCGUUGACCUCAGCUCACAACUGCCUGUGGAGCGCAUGCUGGGUCUUCGGUGGGACCCGAACAGUGACGAGUUCCUGUUUCAACUCAACGUGACACGCCGAGAGCAGCUGUCUGCCGCGCAUCCCACCAAGCGAUCCCUACUCAGCAUCGUCAUGUCAGUUUUCGACCCGCUAGGCUUCCUGGCUGCGUUUGUCAUUGCCGCACGGAUACUCCUCCAGGACAUCUGGUUGAGCGGCAUCGGUUGGGAUGAUGAGAUUCCACCCGAGCUGCUAUCACGCUGGCAGAUCUGGUGUGGACAGCUGCUGGAGAUCAGCAAGUUCAGAAUCUCACGUGCGUACUCCUGUUUCACGUCGUCCGCUACUGACUUGUCUCUACAUGUGUUCUGCGAUGCCAGCAGUAAAGCGUUUGCGGCAGUGGCGUACCUGAGAGUGGAGCACGCAGCUGACGUCGAGUGCAGCUUGGUUGCCGCCAAGACUAGAGUAGCCCCGCUGAAACCAACAUCCAUUCCACGUCUGGAGCUCCAAGCUGCAGUGCUUGGCUGUCGACUCGCCCAGAUGUUAGCUCAAGAGCAUGGGCUUAAGUGGCACAGCACCUGUUUCUGGUCAGACUCCAGAACUGUUCUCCAAUGGAUCAAGUCAGAUGCGCGACAGUUCAAGCCGUUUGUCGCUCACCGAGUAGCUGAGAUCUGCGACGCCAGUGAGGCCAGCAGUUGGCACUGGGUACCAACACUGCUAAAUGUUGCAGAUGAUGCAUCUCGUGGUAUCUCCAUGCACGAGCUGAGUUGCGGCCGAUGGAAGUCUGGUCCGGAAUUUCUAAUGCAGUCACGGGAAGCGUGGCCAGCUGCACCCGCAACGUCGGAUGAGUGCAUCGACACGACCGAAGUGAAGAAGGAGUUUGUUGCGGCGACAACAUCCCCGCCAAGGCCCCAGCAAAUUGCCGAAGCGCUGCCUGACGUCAACCGAUUCUCGUCAUGGAAACGUCUCAUCUGCACAACCGCGUAUGUUGCCAGGUUCAUCGCAAACACACGGGCCAGAGUUCGCGGCCAAACUGUCGAAUCAACCGCAGCCAUCUCAGCCAAGGAAAUGGAUGCGGCCGAGCAGCUCUGGAUGAAAUCUGUGCAGGCAGAGUGUUUUGCCGAAGAAGUGGCUUUGUUGAGCGGUGGCCAGCCUGUCAGCACCAGCAGUCGUCUACGACAGCUAGCGCCAGCCAUUGAUGAGGACGGGAUCCUGCGGGUUCAGGGUCGCCUCACACAUGCGACGGAAAUGACGUACAGUGCGAAACAUCCGGCUAUCCUGUGUCCGAAGCAUAGGUACACACAGCUCCUAGUCCAUGAAUACCAUCUGCGUUCUGGCCAUCAUGGACACGAGAGGACAUUGAAUGAGCUUCGCCAGCAGUACUGGGUGACGACAGGUCGAGCAGCUGUGAAGCGAGCAUGGUCUGAGUGUCAAUACUGCAAGAACCAACGAGCCAAUUCCAAGCCACCUGUAAUGGGAAAUCUACCUGUCCAGCGCUUGACCCCGUUUCUGCGACCAUUCACGUUCACCGGGCUGGACUAUUUUGGGCCGUUGCACAUCAAGAUCGGGAGGCGCCGCGAACUACGCUACGGUGCGUUGUUCACAUGUCUGAGUACCCGCGCUGUACAUUUGGAAGUGGCUCACUCUCUGAACACUGAUAGUGCCAUCAUGGCAAUCAGGCGAAUGUGCGCCCGGCGAGGUUGCCCCCAAGAAAUCCACUCGGAUAAUGGAACCAAUUUCCGAGGAGCUGACAGGGAGCUGAAGGCGGCAUUGGAAGAUUUCCGCCAAGACCGACUAGCUGCUGAGUGUUCCAGUAAGGGCAUCUCAUGGCACUUCAACCCGCCACUUGCUCCCCACAUGGGUGGAAGCUGGGAGCGCCUCGUCAGAGCAGUGAAGAUCGCUAUGAAAUCCGUCAUGAAGGAGCGUGUCGUGACAGAAGAAGUACUAGCCACAGUCUUCGCUGAAGCCGAGCAACUCGUGAAUAGUCGGCCGCUGACUCACGUCUCAGUAGAUCCUGAUGAUGAAGAGUCCCUCACACCCAACCACUUCCUCAUUGGGUCCAGUAGUGCAACUAGUCGGCCAGGCGUGUUUGUAGAUGCUGAUUUGUGCCUGAGGAAGCACUGGCGGAUUGCACAGAAGAUCACCGACGAAUUCUGGAAGAGGUGGAUCUUGGAAUACCGGCCAGAACUCACCAGGCGGAGGAAGUGUCAGGACGGCACACCGUCACUGGCUGUAGGUGAUGUCGUGGUGAUCGUCGACAGCAACCAGCCACGAGGGCAGUGGCCUCGGGGCCGACUAGAGGCUGUACACCCGGGCAGUGAUGGCGUUGUGCGGGUGGCAGAUGUGCGCACCAAGUCUGGACUGUACCGGCGCCCAGUCGUUAAGCUUGCCAAGCUGGACGUGCUGCGCUAA